AAGCCAUAAACGAGAUAAACUCUGCGGCUAUGCUUACUUUUUUCUUCUCCUUCUCUCCUGCUUGAACUCUUUGGUACCCUGAGUGGUCUGCGUGGUGUCUUGUGAAAGAACUAUUCAGACACUUGAUGAUUUGAGGAAGGUAAACUCUUUCUGCUAUUUUUACCCAUUGACUUUUUUGGCAAAGAUGUACUCUGUAAAGACAUGAGUCAUACUUCAUUAUGUAAAAACUGCCAAAGAUGUACACUAUUUUUCUUUUCCUUGAUCUUUACAGGAAUUGCAACAAAAAGGGUCCUUUUUAUUGCAGUUACAUAUUAUCACUGUUUCCUCCACCUGGGGGGUGAACCAGACAGGGUCAGGUUCAGGAGCAUCAAAUUGUAGAGGAGUGGUGACCUCUGCCUGCACACUCAGAAUAAUCAUCUCAGCCUGUGCUCUUUAGAGGGCAUUCAUGUUUUCAUUUCAGUGACCCGACAACCCUUUUCAUCGGCAGACUUCACAGACACCAAGUACUGAAAGCAUCCUCUUCACAUUCUUAUCUGGUCGACUGUCCUCUUUUGUUUUUUGUUUUUUUCUCAUUUGAUUUGUAAAGUUAAUCUCCAAUAUGCAGUGUUCUAGAGAAUCAGGAAUUUAUAACAACUCAAGAUUGAAAGAGCCACAUCUAAGGAUACAACAAAACUGCAAGUGGUGGUGGGAAAAAAAAAGACUAUAUAAAAUAGAUAGAUAGAUAGAUAGAUAGAUAUGUAUGUGUAUAUAUAUAUAUAUAUAUAUAUACAGUACAUACUUCAUAGAAUGAUAAAUGUGAGUAAGCAUCUCCAGUACGACUUCAGUGUUAAAAUCAAUUCAAAAUACCUGAAGUUUGAGGCUGGUAGACAGGUCAGUGCACACAUUAUCUAUAAUAUAAGGCUGCCAUUCUGCUGACCAGUGAGACCCAACAAAAGAUUGUAUGAAAGCAGCCCCUGGUAAAAGUGAAAUUUAAAGUUUUUUUGGUAGUUAAACUGGUUACAGUUCUGCAUUGAAGACAUCACUGAGAAUUAAAACCAACUUCCUCACAUACUGUAGAUAGAUCACAUAUUGUAGAUCAGUAUAAAUCUGAGUUUAUCUGUUAAUCAAGGAAAUCCUUAAUGAGGCUUCAGUAGAUUGAUUCACUUUUACAAGGUGAGAUGUUACAUAAGAUCAACCACAGAAAGCCACAUUAGCUGAAAAGUGAAAAGAUCCUCAAUGAUUUUCAAUAAAAAGGCUUUUUAAAUGAAAGGGGAAAAGCUGUUAUGCAAGGCUGAAAUUCUAGCCUCGGUGUAGGUAUUUUUGUACCAGAGAGAGAGAGAGAGAGAGAGAGAGAGAGAGAGAGAGGCAGAGGCACUAUGACAUACAAACAUUGUGUAACAGGGUCAAUACGUAGAGCUUAAAUUACCCAGGAGUUUUUUUUUAGGAAUGUGGAGCACCAGAUUUCUGUGUUUCCGUCAACAGCAUUUCAGAAUGAAGCAUAUUUCCCUCAGAUAGGCUGGUUUUAAUUGGCUGAACUUGAUCAAUAAACUCACACAGCUGUUGUGUUGCUUGUGUCUUACCUCUAAUAUGAUAUCUUCUAAGGGUUUCAAGACACCCAAGAAGCACCAUACAUGCUGUGUCUCUUAUCUACAGGAAACUGAAAAAUGUGUUGGUCACUACUUGGAUCAAAACAGUCGGAGAUGGGGAUUGUACAGCAGUCGAGCCAUAUGGUUAUUGUUUGUAUUGGGUUAUUCAGCUCUAUCCGGAUGCAAAUCAUUCUCAGCAUAUUUCCUCUCUCUUUGAUAUGCAAUGAACAAUUAUGUGAGAGCAGUCCCCCUGCUGACUCUCUCCAUUUACUUUCUGCACUUAUCUCUGCACACAAUGUAAUAUGGUCUUCCAUAUUUAGGUCUACAGGGUGUUCACAUUGGUGUAUCAGCACAAAGAGGAUUUAUCCCAGACGCCGCUUUAAUAACUUCCAACCUGCCAGGUGCUUUUGUCUGUGCUGGCAAAACCCUGUUAUCUACGAGACAGACUGUCAAGACAGACAGCAAGUUUUCACACAAUCGCCCAUCAAGCUACCCCGCUAUACUAUCUCUCCAAACAUCAUGCCUCAACCCUCAGUGCAAGAAUUAGAUAGCGUUGCAGCCUACACAAACACUCACGCACAUACAAGCACACAUGCACAGACAGAUCAAAUCAAUGGCCACCUUCCUCCACAUCAGGAAGCACUGUGCAGUAGGUGGCCGAUGGAGGAGUCCACCCACUUGCAGGAUAUUCAAUUGAAGGCAUGUACAAAUUCAUCCUCUCUCUAUUUCACUCAUGUCCACAUGGGAUAAGCUGCAUUUACUCAUGCACCUUUGAGCAAGUACUGAUUGUGUGUGCGCAAACGCCCACACAUCUGGAUCCAUCAUAGAGGCAAACAAUCAAUCUUUGUCACAUAAAAACAUCCCACCACACUCAAGCGACACAGGAAUACCCUCAAAUCUGCCGAUUUUAUGAAUGAACUGACAGGAGAAGGAAAUUGAACAGGUUGCUUCUUGAUUUUUUUCCUAAAAUGUGCAUUAGGUCACUGUUUAAAAAUGCUCCAACAGCUAUACAAUUACUCUAUAGUGGCUGUUACACUACUUAGUCGAUUAUAUUGUAUCAUGACACUAAAUCAGGGUUAUAUCUUUUAUCUUAAUGGAGCAAAACUAGGCAUAAAGAGAAGAAUUAAUGGAUCUGUUCACAUCCUGGAAAAAACCCUGCCUUUCUGAGAUAUAUGGACAAUCUUGUGCUAUAUUUGUGAGUGUCUGGUGCUUUCACAGCCUUUCAAAAAGAGACAGAAUCAGGUAAGAGGCAUGAAAUCGACUGUGCAAUGAACAUGAGAGAAACAGGGGAGGAGGAGGGCUGAAAAUAUUAACCUGCAAGCCUGAGUCCAUCCCCUCCUCCAAGCCUCGUACUGGAUAUCACCCAGAGAAAUUCGCUCAUUAGGACAGAGAGAAACACAUGUAUCAAACGCAGAUAGCUGUCAGUUCUCCUCUGGGAGAUCUGACCAUGGUAGGAGAGCGGAGAAGCCGCAAAUCUUCUGGCCAUAUGCUGUCUAUGAAUGUAUGUCAACAGUCUUUUCUGUUUGUUUAAUUUAUGGCUUUAACAGGCGCAUUUCUUCCUAUGGCACUCUAUAGUAGUAACGUUGUUUUUAAUUCAUCUUAUACAUGUAUAUAAUUAGCAGCCAGAUUCUGUGGAGAAAUGGAUGAUUGAUGCCUUUGGAGCUUGCUGUGGUUCUCUGUCAGGAGGGGUCAGGUUUGAGUUAAAAAUAAAAUCUCAUUAUGUGAAAUAGACGAUACAAAUGUAACAUGUUUUCUUUCAAGUGAAUGUUUUCUGCACCAUGUUGUUGUUGUUGUUUUGAUGAUGUACAUCUUAAGUAUGCUCUAUUCAUUUUCAUAAAGGCUACCACUCAAGGUCAUGUGGGAGGAAUUUGCAGAAGACAAGAUCCUCCUUUAGCUCAGAAUGGUCAGGAUUAAAAGAUGUGAAGCUGUGUCUGAUUAUCUGUAAGAAAUCUGAUAAAUCAUAGUUAGUGUUAGUCUCACUGUGCUUGGUGCCUGUGGAUGCACGGUGUGUGUGGUAUGCUCUGUGUAAUGGACUGACUGUCGCACAGAAGCAUACUUCUGAAACAUAUGGUUACCUGAGCGUGAAAGGUCAGUGACAAUCUUCCCCGCCCUUUUCUUUGCCCUUGGGUUACAAAGGUUGCCUAGAGGAGGGAAAGUUGGCAGCGACCACUCAGUGGUGAAGACAAAAACACUUAGGGGUGUCACUGGAACAAGAGGUGGAGGGAAAGUCUGACAGUGAUGGUGUGUGAUCUAGGAAAUUGGACCAAUGAUUGGUUGUGAGAUAUCAGGCUUGUGAGGGUGUGACGGGGCAUAUACUGUGGAACCUUAAAAGUGAUGAAUUGUUGGCUGACUCCUUGUUGUUUGUGAUAAAACCUGUCAAAGAAAGCUGCCCUGUAACUCUGAGCUUGGCAGAACAGCUGGACAUGAAAAAGGAACCUCCUUUAGCAACUAAUUUACAAGCUGUUUCAAUGGAAAUUAAGAUUUCACACAAUGGUUGAAUGUUACUCCAGCUAGUACUCCACGAGUGGUUAUGGUUAUGUACCAGUUGCCAAACUGCCAUCAGUUAUCUGUUUAGAUCAUAGAUUGUAUAUACCAUGGACAACUUGGUUCCGCCUUCUGCCAGUAUACGGAUUUGAUGCCAAAAAGCUCUCGGUAAUUCUGCGUUUUAUCUUCGUUUCCUGAAACCAACAUUGCGCAGUACCGUUGUAUGCACUGCACCACUUGCGCAGUAGCAUUGUACGUAUUUUGCAGGAGAGUCGCUGAGAGUUGCUGUAAAGACGCUCGGCUGAAACGGUGUAUCCCCCGGGUCAGCUACACAAUCUUCGUACACCCAUAGGCUGUAUAAAGUGUCAUUUAUAGAAAACAUGAACCCACUAAUAACUUUUAAAAAUGGAGCUGCACAGAAAAAAGAGGACUUCAGCACAAAACAGUCUUACAAUAACUACAUGUCAACAUCACAAGCAGGAGGGAGAAAAAUGUAUAUCCUGUGUAAUUAAUUUCUUAUGUUUGUCCACAGCCCCAUAGGGAUUGCUGGAGGAGGCAGGAUUUAUGACCUAUACUGCUGCUGGUCACCAGAGGGUGCUGUUCUCGGAGUGACUUCACCCAGCGAGGAGACAGACACUGUCCAUUCUAUACACAGUCUAUGGUUUAGAUCAGGAUUCUGGCAUAUUUUAGCAUUAUGGCAUUCGUCAUUACCAGAGCUACAGCUCCUGCUACUGGUAAGUGGCUGCGCUGAUACUUACACACUACAUAUACUUGGCAUUUUUGGCCCACAGUUAUAAAAAUAUAAACUACUUGUUUGACUGACAAGUAACUCUAGAGCCAACUUGUGAAUGAGAUCACGUGAGAUCAUUUGGUCAACUUAAUUUGCACAUCCCCAAAGCAAACACAGGGAAAAGUGGCUGUUCUGCACUUACAAUAAGUACCUGCUAAACAGCUAGGCUCUAUGUACACCACUUGUAUUAAUUUAUUUAUAGUAGGCUGUGCAGUUGCAGUUACAUUAAAGAUACAUGGACGCCUAUAAUUCCUAAUUUAUGUUCCUAAGAGGCCAAACUUUAAACUCAUACCUCACUUGCAUCUCAAUUAAAUCCAAUUAGUAAGAUAACCCUCCUGAAUGCAAUGAAAGUCCUGAGGGGUUGAAACCGUCAAGCUCAUUUUAAAACCCAAGGGAGUACACAGCCCAGCUUCUACAUAUCACUGCACAAAAGUAGUUAACUCAGCACCCUAAUGGAAAACAUCUCAACCAUACAAUUGAUUCUAAUUGUAUCCAAAACUUCUGAUGCUCCUAGACUAUAUAGUGUCAAAUAAAUAUAACCUAAUAAGUUAACUUUGUCCUAGUUUUCAGAUAUAUUUGGUCAAACUUAUCCCGUUACCCAGUAUCAUAAUCUUCCGGUUGUUUGUUGCGCUGACUAGGACUUCUAAAAACAGCUCUGGGUUAACUUCCAAAAUACUGCACAGAAGGGAGACUGUGAACUUUGUCUCUCACAUCUGAGACUAUAAUUAUUCCCAGAAGAGUGUUUGGUAAAAACAGAAUGUGUGGUAACAGUGAAGAAUAGCCCUCUAAACCCAAGAAUGGUGUGUACAGAUAUAAUAUCCAACUCUUUAUUCUAAACUUAUGAGCACGUCUUGUUUGAUAGAAAUAGCUAUUUCCUAGGAUGUAGCCAGUAACUAGCCAGUAGACGUCAGAGUGGAGUUAAAGUAAACUGAGAAUAUGUUCUACUUAGGGCUAGGCGAUAAAACGAUAACGAUACAUAUCCAAAAUUAAUUUUCCUCGAUGUCGAUGCAAAAUAUGGUCAAUAUGCUUUUUGAUAGUCAGCAUUCUGCCAUGUUUUGGUAGACUAUACGAAUAGCCAAUGAAAAUGGGAGUUGCGCUGGGCUGAACCAAUCAUGUGCUGGAUCAGAACCAAGUAGCAAACAACUGUGUAGUAGCAGGCAGCAGCUACAAGCAACCAUAGCACUGUAACACGUGAAGCCGACAGCAAGAAAAUGAGCGCUACCCCGGCAGAAAUGCAGAUGUGGGCUCAACAGAUGAUGCCUGGAGGUAUUUUGUCUUUUUGAGGACGGAAAUGAAGCAGAGUAGUGUGCACUGCAAAUCAUGCCGAGUACAUGUUCUUGCAAAGUCGGGGAAUACCUCAAAUCUUUUUCACCACCUGAAGCAGAGCCCCGCGGCAGAGCACACCUUACGACAAAACGAUAAGCACUGUCAAAUUUCAUUUAAGAGUAACAGGAAUAUUUAAGAUUGACAAGUGAUUUUUUUUAUAUUGUGAUAUACAUGGAUAUCGACUGAUAUGAAAAAAAUAUAUUGUGAUAAACUUUUUCCCAUAUCGCCCAGCCCUAGUUCUACUACUACUUUGGCCAGUUUUAUAAUUUAUUUGCCACCUUCAUGGCAAGUCCUGAUUAAAAUGUAUAUAUAAAGAAGUAGGCUUAAAUAUUUCGAAGUCAGUGUGGGAUCAUAUACAUGAGUAAAGUUUCAGACUGCAAGGGUAGUUGAAGGGACAGUUCCUAAAUAAAGUGUCUCAGAGACAGGCUGAAAUAAGAGUUUUUAAGACAGCAGCCUGAAUUAUGUCAAGCAUUUGUAAAUCCUGUAAACCUACCAAGAAGCUAGAGGGACACUUUAUUUUGAAACCACUUAUAGGAGCUUAAAGGAAGUAGACCGUGUGCACCCAGCACAGCACUAAUUACAGCAGGUGUGCUGCUAAUUGUUUGGGUAACAGGGUACAAGCUGCUGCUGCUGCUCUGCUUUCAAACUCGCCCCCACAGCUCUGCUACUUUUUGCUCUCUUAAGAUGUUUCCUAGGCUGGUUUUGUUUUGCGUGCUGUAUGUUUUGGCUGCACUCAUGUCUCUGUAAAGAAAAAAGAAAUGUUUUCAAACUACUCAAACCCUGGAGACUCCAACCUGUCAGAUGCUGACCACCAGUUGCAUGAGCUCCCUCACCGGUCUGUCAAAGUGAGCAUUAUAAUCGUUCUGGGCGUGAUGAUCACCGUGGGAAACAUUGCAGUCCUCCUGGUAAUUACUUCCUCCGUGGCUGGAUGGUCAAGGAACUCUCGGUACUUUCUGCUCUCUCUUACUGCUGCAGACUCUGCGUUUGGACUGCUGGUCAUGCCCCUGAAUCUGUGGGUGAGUCUCCUGAAAGACUACACUGAGGGCCCAGAUGCUCUGUGCCACAUUGUGGCCUUUUGCAAUGCCACCGUCUACUCCACCUGCAUGUACACACUGGCCACAAUAAGUCUGGAGAGGUACAUAGCGGUUUUCUACCCGCUGCAGUACCCGUCUCUGAUGACAAGAAAAAGGGCCCUGCUCCUGAUUGCCUUCGCCUGGUGUUUCCCUCCAUUUUUACUCUCGCCAAUUUCAAUCCCGGGUGGCAUUAUUGAGGUUCAUUUUUCUGCUGCCUCACUGGUCUGCAAUCCGUCCUACUCCUCAAAUGCUGGAUACUCCCUAACCUUGACAUGUUUUAUAUUCUUCCCCUGCUCCAUCAUCAUGACAUACGCCAAUCUGAGAGUGUGGUGUGCAGCCAAGAGACAGAGACUCAAACUGCGUAAAUACAACUGUGCACGUCGCAGCAGGCAAAAUGUGGCUUCCAGAGUGCUCGUACCUGUGAUGGCAGCUUACUACACCUGUUGGACACCCUGCAUGGCUGCUAUGAUCUACAAUGGUAAGAGACAGUUAGAAUAAACAUUUAAACAGACUGCUGUGGGGAAAGAUAAUAGCUGAACCUGGCACACUUGAUUCCAUUAUGGCCAUGUAAGCCAAUUUAUUCAAGAGGAUGGAUGUCUAAGGCUUUCUCAGACACCACAGUCUCCCUAUGACCCUGGUUAAAGUUUACAUUCAUCAGCUAAGUUCCACACAUGUACCACGUUUUUCUGAAACCUACCUUUACACACACAAAGUGAUGAAGAUGCAGUGAAAAUUGUAAACCAUGAACCAGUUUAAGAUUUAAGAUAACAUGACUCAGAAAAUGUACUUAUUUCCAUCGAUGUAUGGAUUGUCUACCUUCUAACUUUGCUGUCGAAGAAUGUAUUUUUCCUCUACUUCACCAUUACUUUAACUACCUUAGAGACAGCCAAACAAGUUGUUUAUUUAAAUGAGGAAUACUAGCAAACAUGGAAAGUAAUUUCCAAUGUUGGAAUGCAUUGAAGCAUUAUGAUAAGAAGAUUGUGGAUGAAACUGUUUUUGCGCAGCCAGGUUCUUCAAUAUCUCACAGUACUUCUGGUGUUUAAACUUCUCACUUCUGAUGUGGAUCCAGUUGAUAGUGACUACAGAAUUUUAAAAUUAUAGUAUUAUUGUUAUGCAGGGUUCCUAUGCAAGUAUGGAAAUUAUUGAAAAGUAUGGAAAUAAAUUUGAUCAAUUUCCAGGUCUUAAAAAGUCUGGAAAAUGAAAAAUAAAUAUGGAAAAAUAUUUAUGUUUCCAGACUAUUACCACCGUUCUAAAUGCUGUUUUCUAAAAUAGAAAAGUAGACAUUUCCAAAGAUAAUUCUAAAAAUUAGGGUACGGAAAUCCCAACUGUGUAGGAACCCUGGUUUUGGUAAAUACAUCCAGAAACUGUCAUAUCAUCUCUAUUUAUGAUUUUUAAUUUCCAGCAGUCUCACCAGUUAAUUUAAAAUUACAAAUUAGGCUAUGUCAAAUUUUAACGUUUAGUGAAAUUGUACCAAUAUUUACAAUCAAGUCAGUGCCGCAAUAUUAAUUAAUCUGCUUUCACAAAUUAAUAUUUAAUGUUGUCUCACUCUGCAAAAAUGUCUCUUUCCGUGUGCUGAUAGGAACAGCAGUCAUAGUUAUAGAUGUUCUUUUUGGCGUGAAUUUACUGAUUUGUUAUGACUCAAAUCUUAUUUGGAUUUUUUCCUCAUUCACCGGGAGCGUGUGCUGUCUCGCAGUAAUCAAGAAUGAAAAUGGUGUCACAGCCGGAUAUUUUUAGCUGUGAAGACCUUAUUCUUAAGAGGGCUUUAAUUCAUCUGAUAUGGAUGAAAAUCCUUACAAAAUGAAGCUGACAGUCUUCACUGAAACUUCAAAGUGGGCUGCUGUCCAAACGCUGGUGAGCUUCACUAUAGAGUGGUUUCUGCCACUCCACCAAAUCUAUGGGCUGAUUUAGUGCUUUAUAUCCAGACCACAAAUGUUAAGCUGUUGGCUGUAUAUCACUGCUCUCAGGGGAGGGCUUGAAUCUCCAGGGGCGAGUUUUCAUGUUUUAUUAUAUACUGAUGCUUGAUAUGCUCAUCUAUGGUUUUAAAAAUAAAUGAAACAAUUUAUAGACUUAGCAUGAUCAUAAAACAACUAAAGCUAUUAUGCUUAAGGUCUACUGAAUGUCACCCCCUUGUCUCAUGCAGAAGCUGCUGGUAACUGUUGUCAUGUUUUCUGCCCUGCAGCGGUCUCAGGAAGCAGCGUACCAGAGUGGGUUGAAUUUGUCGUGGUCUGGCUGCCAACCUCUAAUGGUUUCCUCAACUGCAUCUUCUACUUCUGGAUAAACCGAAGCUUCCGAAAGAAGUUCAGACUCCUCCUCCAGAGGCUGGCCGCAGCUCUGUGCCCUAAACUGGCCGGCUCUCUUUGGUGCAGCAGCUCUGCAAAGACUCAAUUUGUGUCAGGAGUCAACAACAAUAACAAUAGUGUUCAUGAGCGGUCCUCCAGUGUAUCAUCCACCUGCACACUGCUGAGCCUGGCUUAGGAAGAAGAUUACCUCUGGCAUUUUGGAGGACAAGAGGGUUUGCUGGGCUGCUUAACAUGCUGUAUCCCUAUGCAAGCUAUCAAGAGGUAAUGGGGUCAGAUGGAUCGAUACAGAAAUGGGUAAUGAUGGCAGGAAUUUGAAACAACCCCUGUACAGUCUUUGUCAUUAUAAUUUAAGUUAAAUGUAUAGUAUAUUUUUCUUUUUUACUUUCUUUUAUCCAAUUUCCCGUUUAAUCAGUGUUCAGUUGACUGCAACACAGGAUCAAUUUAUGACUUUUUGUUUUAUUAAAGCACACAACCUCGCCAGGAGUUGAUAAACCAUGACGGCCUCUUAAACCACCAUUUUAGUUGUUUUAUAGUCAGCCAUCAACCUUGUCUGUGUCCCACAAAUGUUUGCCUUUAUUCUGCCAAUCAGUCUUUUUAACAGUGUCAGCUUUUACACAUGAAGACGUGUUGCUUUAGUCAACACAUUUCACUUCAAAUAUCUGGGAUGAUUUGAUUGGCUCAUCAUGAGACAUUGGUAAUUAUACUUAUUCGAGACAUUUGUGAACUUACACCACUAUCUGAUCACUUUGAAGGAAAACAUCAACCUUCCCUUCAGUUUAAACUGUGUGUCAAAGACCAUGGCAUAUAACUGCAGAGAUAAGUUAACCUUUAAGUCACAGCAUUUCAGUUUAUGCAAGGAGGAAAGUAAUUAAGCAGCUACACUGUAGAAAGGUCACCACAUUUAUGCCAGCAGCAGAUAACUUGUGCGACUGUGGUUGUUUAUUUUCAGAUGUUAAGCCCAUGAUCUUUUCUCAGUGUCUUCUACACAGCGUGAGUUUAACUCGGACAUGCUUGUGCUCUGUCAUCUUCUUAUGAGUCAAUAGGACAUGAUGCCAAAUGCCCCUCGCGAACUUGUCAAAAUAACUGUGUGGAGCUUCACAAGAGCCGCCAUAACACAGUGUAUGUCCUGUUGUAUACUUUAAUUGUUUUAUGUUUCUAAAAUCUAAAUUUUAUAAGAGAUGAAAAGAUGUUUGAUAAUUAUUGAAUAAUGGAUUUACUUGUGAAAUAAAGUAUUAUACCUUU